AUGGGUUUUGGAUCUUUUUUGGGUAUGAAGAUUGAUACACUACCAGGAAAUCUAGCAUAUUUUGUUGUAGAUAGCUUCACAACUAGUUCGUGCUCUAUAAGGGUUAAAAGUGGAGUAAUGAACAUAACAAACAAUACUGUUGAAGCUAUGUUUGGACUUAUGAAUAAGGGUUUGGAUUUUAAGACACUAGAUGAAUGUGAUAAGAAUGAUCCAUUCCUUGAGGCUAGGAAAGGACAAUAUGGGAAGGGAAAUUAUUCUAAUGGAGACUAUUUGAAGAAUAUAAGGAAAUCAAGUGUUGCGGAUGCGAUGUUUAAGCUAAAUUUCUUGACUUUAGUCAUUAACACUUUUGCUGAAACAAAGAUAAUGGGGUCUUGUACAAUUAGGGCCUGUUUGAUAAAUGUCUGA